AUGGGAACAGAAGUAAUUGCGGAAAGAGAAAAAGAAUUAAGGACUGCCUUACUAAGGGAAGACAGGGAAAUACUGCAGGAAUUAGGGAAGUAUUUGGAGUCAGUAGUAAUAUAUCUGGAGUCCAAGGAAGUUUCACCAGAGAAAUUAGACGAAGAAAUAAAAACAGAAAAAGAGAUACAUAAAAGGGCCUCAGAGGUAUUCAAAAAGGCAACAAACAAAGAAGACGUAGAGGAGGACACUAAUCAGCUCAUAUCCAUUAUAAAUUCACUCCUUCAGGCGUAG